CCGGACGCCGCUGCCCGUAUCCAAAAUGGCAUCCACAGGGGGCGUGGCCAGUGAUGGCGUCUCCGAACGCUAUGGCGGCGGCAGUGGAUCCCAUUUGGGAGGACUUGGAGGAGGAGGAAGAGGAGCUAGAGGAGGUUGUAAGCGAGGGAGCAGUUUGUUCUGGUAGAAUUGUCAGGAAUCAUUGAUUCAGACUUUCUCUCCAAAUGUGAAAAUAAAUGCAAGAUUUUGGGAAUUGACACGGAGAGGCCCAUCAUGCAAGUGGACAGCUAUGUGUUUGCUGGGGAGUAUGAAGAUACGCUUGGUACCUGUGUUAUAUUUGAAGAAGGUGUUGAACGAGUGGAUCCAGAGGGGACUGAUAAGACGGUGCUGAAGUACAAGUGCCACACGAUGAAGAAGCUGAGCAUGACAAGGACGCUUCUGACAGAAAAGAAGGAAGGAGAAGAAAACAUAGAUGGCGUAGAGUGGCUGCAAAUGAAGGAUAAUGAUUUCUCCUAUAGACCCAACAUGAUUUGCAGCUUUCUCCAUGAACAUGAAGAUGAGGCUGCAGGGCCGGCCUCUGAUAAACCUGUGGAGCUGGAAGACCAAGAGAGUCAGAUGAAAGGCAGUGCGGAGCAGACACAGGAGCAGGAGAAGGUGGAGCACUCGGAAGUGGAGGACCCUGCUCCUUCAGGGGAGACCCCUUCUGAGAUGGAAAGUUCUGUUUUCAUGGGAACUCAAGAUGGAAAUGUUUCUCAAAACAACCAGUCGUGAACUUGAAAGAAGUGGUCUUGUAUGCAAUUACUGCUUAGCUGUGUGUGGCUCACCAUCCCGUGUUAUUUUGACAGUAUGCGUUUCCAGGUACGUCAGGACUUAGUAUACCAGAGUCACGUAGGACCACACAGGAAUUCAGCUUUUAGAACAUGAGAGAGAGCAUCAUAGUUAAAAUGCUCUUCCAGAGGACCUGGAUUCGAUUUCUAGUGUAUACGUGGCAGUUUGGAGCCAUCUGAGACUUCAGUUUCCAGAGAUCUGAUGCCUGCUUCUGGCCUCUGUGAGCCCCAGGUUCUCUCCUUCUACCUUUGUGGGAAUUAAACUCAGGUCAUCAGCCUUGUGCAGCGAACACUUUACCUGUUGGGCCGCCUCACAGCCCUCUCCACACACACCCCUCCUAAAAAUACUUAUGUGGGGCAGUUGGUGGCACACACCUUUGAUCCCAGCACUCCGGAAGCAGAAGCAGGCACAUUUCUCAGUUCAAGGGCAGCCAGUCUACAAAAUGAGUUUCAAGAGAGCCAAGAGUUUCAAGGAGGUCUGAAGAGACUUUGGGCCUCUUAGAACUGGAGAUAGAGAUGGCCAUGAGCCAUGUGGUGCUGGGAUUGCAGUCCUGUCCUUCCUAAGAGCAGUGAGUCCUCCUAACUGCUGGGCCAUCACCACUCUUGUCUUCUGCCCCAUACUCACCCUCCUUUUUUCCUGAGACAGAGUUUUUAUAUGUAACCCAGACUAGCCUUAAAUUCUCUAGCCUUCUGACCGCAGCAAGUGUUCUUGUGUUUUAAAGUCAUCCUGUGAAGAAUGCAAUAAGUCAGAUGACUUUUUUUUUGUACAACAGAUAUUAUAUAUCUGGGUUUUGUGGUUUUUUUGUUUGUUUUGUUUAAAUCACAGAUGAGUUCCUAGAGGAUACAUAUUCAAUGUCAUCUAACCUAAUCCAGUUCUGAAGUUCUGAUCCUUAGUCAACCUGGACUUAGUGUCAGAUCCACAGCCCCAUACCAUCGUGCCAUCUCUAGUCUACAUGCUAAUCUCAAGUAGUUCCCCAAGUUACCCACCGCCUCUGACUUGCCUACAAACUGAAUGUUCCCACAAUGCUUUUCUCACCUUCAAUUGCUUGCUAGCACAGCUCAUAGAACUUGGGAAAAGGAGUUUGUUUACCAGAUGGAUUUAUUGCUUAUUUAUUUUGAGACAGUGUCUUAAAUAGUCCGGUCAGACUUGGACAGGAGUUUGUGCCUAGGACGGUGUAUAUAGUUAAGUGCUAUACCACUGAGACUGCCCAGGUAGCUCCAGCCAGGCCUUUAAAGCUAUUUAGAAGCCACCUUCCUAACUUGCCAUUAUCCAUCCCAAUAUGCAAAAAGAUGGAUUUCCUGGAAUGGCAGGACAUGCCUUUAAUCUUGGUAGGCUAUGCAUUUAGUUCCAGUGGUCCAUAGGGAAAGGCAGCAUCUCAGGUUCUACACCAGCACGGUCAACAGCUCUAUGCCAGCACUGGCUGCAUUUCAAGAUCCUCACCCCAAAACAGAGCACACAAAUGCACAGACCUUGCAAUGGUAAAUUAGGUCACUUGUGGUGGCAAAUGACUGUAAUUUUUGUCACUCAAGUGGCAGAAACAACACAGAAUUCAAGAUCCCGGUGAUCUAUAUAGCAAGUUACAGGCCAGAGAAAGUGAUGUAGAGAAACCCUGUCUCAAAACAAAACUCAAAAUUUAAUAAAGUCAGACCCAAGACUGCACACUAUGAGAUUCAAUUCAUACUAUGUACAGCAGACUAGGCAAUUCCAGGCAACACCGUGCCACUCGUGGAUGGGUAUGUGAGCUCUUUGAAGUAAUAAAAGUAUAUUGCAUGAGA